CUUCGGUCAUCUGCUAAGAGACUGCAUUGAAUGGAUGGGUCUCUCUGGGAGAAGACAGACAGAUACUCGCCCCUUAUGAUCCUGGUGACAUCGCUCAGCUGGGAAAACGGCACAGAAAUGACUGUCAGUGCAGAUCCAAAGAUCUGCCUGUCAUUCUUGUAUCAGAAUGACCCUUUCUAUUCCCUCUGCCUUUCAGACCUGCUGACAGCACCCCAGCGAGUGAAGAAUAAAUUUCUCAAAGAGCAGAAGAACCUCACUGUGACCAUAAAAAGACUAGAAUGUCAGAAACUGAGCAGACUGAGACAACUGAACGAAGAGAACAAGCAGUUUCGUUUGCUUAUGAUCAAGAAAUUAGCCCCCAGGGUUACCGUCAGCAGAGAGACGGCAGAGAGACGCAUUGGCACAGAACGGCUUUGUAAUGUCCCAUUUUCUUCUCUGCCUUCAAGAGCAACUAGCUGGAAGAGCCUAGAUCCCAAGUUUUCUGCCAGACCGAAUGCCCGGAUCUUUUCAGCCGAAGGCUGUGAGCUCCCAGCAACUCACCCUCCCAAGUUUUGCAAAGUAAGCUUAGAGCCUAAGGAAAAUUGGGGCUUUGAAAUGUGGCAUCCGAGGCAAGUUAACAGUGUAAUCGAAAGGAAAAGAGCCUCCAAUGGAAGUACCUAAAAUUAUCGGCAGUGUCUAUGAAUCCCAUG